AUGGAAUCAACGACUACAAGCCAAACCAAGACCAUCAAGUCUGCUCGAAAUAGAUCAGAGUCUGUCCUCGGACCUCGACCACUUGCAGGGUAUUCGUCACCAAGUUCUGGUCCGAGAUCCUUUGGUGGGAGUGCUCAACAACCGUUUGAUCUCGAGGAUGAGGAUGCUAUGAUGUGGAUGAGAAUGGGAGUGGGAACUGGACAGCGCGAAGCUGGCAGCAGUAAAAGACCAAUCCGGGUUGAAGUCGAAGACAUUGACCGAGCGAAGCGCAAACCACAGAAUCUCCAGUUCAUCCAUCUCUCGCCACCGAAGAUCUAUGAGAAAGAGGUCGAAGCAAAGAAGCAGUGUGGGAAGAAAUCCUCCAUCGGGUACGAUCGCCGAAAUCCGAGUAUCUUUGACCCAUGGCAGCGAAUAGAAACGGCCCGCGCAAAAGACGCAAUGUUGAAACCUAAGAAAACGAUCCAACUGAAAAAUCAAAGCUUCCUUCGCAUCAAAGAUAUCCUCCACAACAUGCCAAACGCAAGAGUUGACCAUGACGAUCCACGCAUACCCGUCGAGCAAAGAACCGUCGAAGUUGGUAUCAAUGACUUCGAAAAGAUUCGGAACUUCCGUUUCACGAAUGAGAAAUUUCCGCUUGGGAGAAAUUGCGAUCCAAAGGAGUUUCGAAGUAUGGAACAUGCUAUUCUAGAUGGUGCACUGACUGUCAGAUGGAAGUAUACAUGUACGUAUGAGAAUGCAGCCGACAGACAUCAUAAUAUCUACAAGGAAACGUCAUUGGAGAGGCUGAGAGCCGAUGAAUGUACUCCUGGGUUCGAGAUCUCGGACAAAGUGCGAUGUACUCAUUGGAGAGGGGAGACUAUGCCAGGGGGAGCGUAUCGACCGUCGUCGGAAAAUGAAGAUUUGGUUAUUGCUCCAGACGGUCUAGGAAGGCAUGCAACCAGUCUUUUAUGGACUUCUGCCAAGGAUGUCCGAAUUCUGAAAGGCGAGAAGCCGAACUUCUGA